AUGCUGACCCGUCGCGCCUUCCGAGUUGCGCCUCUUCUUUUUGCUGGUGCUGUUUGCUGGAUUUUCCUUCGAAUUCUAUCCGAGCACGACAUUUAUGCAACACCACAGACGGCCUGGAGUCUGAGCCGACAAAGCCUCUUGCCCUCUCCCGACGCUUCAACAGACAACACGUGGCUGGUUUCAGACCAUCUCGAAGCAACCCGCCAGCACUGUGCAUCUCAUGGCUUCAAACCGUUCGUCCCCUCGCCCGCCGGCCGACGCAAGGUUUACGACUUGUUCAUGAUCAACUCGGAACUGGAUUUCCUAGAGAUCCGCCUCGACACCCUGCACGGCCACGUAGACUACUUCGUCAUCGUCGAGUCCCCGCUAACCUUUCAAGGCGGCAAAAAGAACCUCACCAUCCGCGACAACUGGUCCAAGUUCGAGCGAUUCCACUCCAAGCUUAUAUACCACCAGCUCGAAUUCCCUCCCCAUUUCGACCCCCGUCUCACCUGGGACUUUGAGGAUCUCCAGCGCGACGCCAUGUUUACUCAAGUCUUCCCCAAACUAACUGGUGACCAAGCUCCCAACCAAGGCGACGUUAUUGUCAUCGCCGACGUCGAUGAAAUCCCUCGCCCCGAAACAAUCACCACCCUCCGAUCAUGCACAUUUCCCCCUCGACUGACUCUUCAAUCCAAAUUCUACUAUUAUUCCUUUCAAUUCCUCCACGUGGGACCAGAGUGGCCCCAUCCACAAGCCACGUUCUACCAAGGUCCCGACGAAACCAUAACCCCUUCGCACUUGCGUGUUGGCGAUGGCGGUUCAUUUUUCCGCAGAGAAUUCUUCGAAAAGCGCAGCCUGAAGAAUGCCUCGUGGCAUUGUAGCAGCUGCUUUGCCACUAUCGAUCAAUUCCUGAAUAAGAUGGCCAGCUUCUCGCAUAUAUGGAUGAACGAUCCCAAGUUUAGGAAUAGAGAAAGGAUCGUGGAAUCUGUGAGGCACGGGAAGGAUUUUUGGGGACGAAAGACGGAGAGAUUCGUGAGGGUGGAUAGGAAUACCGAUGUGCCAGGGUUGUUGGCUCUUGAGGAAGGCAGGAGAUUUGGGUACAUGAUGAAUAGGGAUGGUGACAGCGCUGGGUUUACGGAUUAUCCCUAG